UCCCGUAGAUUCGAAACCCGGGGACUCUCAUUAUUCAGAGUAUUUUUCCGAAACAUACAUCAGCUACAACUUUCGUUUUAAAAAUUCUAUUAUAUUUUGGUACAAAAUUGAUUUAAGAAUGUUCAAAAUUAAGUUGUAUGAUGUGGGAAUUUUUGUGCUCCUGACAUCCAUGCAUGUAUGCAUGGUCCUUCAGCCGGUGAUCGAGGCCAAUGUCAAUAUGAAGGCAUCCUAUCCCGCUGUGGAUAGGAGCUUGUGGCUUCAAGUGAGCUAUAAGUACAACCAUUGGAUGUUGGUCAAGUCGAUAAUGUACUCGAUGCUUGCGGUAGUGGGACUUUGGUACAGUCGGCAUCUGCAAAGGCCUGCGGAACCAUGCAGUGCCGAGGAAGUCAAAAAUAGAUGGCUAAGCAGGAAUCAAAUGGCUUCCAGAGGGAUGGAUUCGUUCAAAUUUCCCAUCAGGACUUUCAUGUGGUUUGCAAUUCCUUGGACAUUGACCUGUUUCUGCAGCGGCUUGAUCAACUAUAUUCGCCUUUAUCUGGUGAUUCAGCAUUUUUGCUUUACCAACUGGCAGAUCAUUCAGUUAUAUGCAGAACUUCAGGUACUCUUCUGGCGUCGUCUUUUAGCCAUGGCGGUGAUUCCCUAUUGGUCGCAGAUCACCGGAGACGGCGGUUCCUUGGAGAAGUCCAAUUUUCAUGAAAAUUUCAUCACUUAUGAGACUAAUCUGUUGGAUUGAUCACGCUCUAUUUGUAUAUUUUAAGUUCUAAUUAAUUAAAAUGCAACUUUAAAACAUAAA